AUGAUAGUAUUUUGUGCUAAUUCAUUGCCUUAAGUGAUUGCCAAUUAGGGGUUGAGACAAUUCUAAGUAAUAACCUAGAAUUUGAAACCAUAACUCAUCUUGAAUUAGUGCGGAGGGGAUAUUGAAACAAGAUCACAAUAUUUUGCAAAGUAUUUAAGCAAAUUCAAUGAACCAUUUCAUUUAAUUGGAUAUGGAAUUGCUGGGUUGGAUUUAAGAUAUGCCUUGAGUCAAAACAAUAGCAUAAGAGCGAAAUCUUUGAUUACCAUAGGCACACCUCAUCGGGGAUCAAUUUUAAGCGAUUUGUACAGGAGAAGAAGAGUUGAGGAUGAUGUCAUUGAGCCCUUAUGUAGAGUAUUGGGAAUCAGAUAAAACUAUUUCGAAGAAAUUAACAGUGAAAACAUAAGGGAUUUCAAUUUGGUAACCACAAAUAAAGAAAAUAUUAAGUAUUUUAGUUUGAAUGCAGAGACUGAAGUUGGAUAGAUGUCAUAAAUUUAUCAAGCCAGUGGGACCAUCAUCGAAAGUGAAAAGGAAUACCCAGUAGAGAGUGGAUCCGAUGGAGUGUUCGCUCAUAAUGAAACAAAGUGGGGACAACAUGUUGCUACAUUGGAUUGCGAUCAUGGGGCAAUGAUUGGAAUACCAAACUAGAGAAAUGGUGAAUAGACUGUGGAUAUAAUUCAAUAAUUGAUCAAAGACUUAUGA